UCAAAAAUUCCCCAAUCCCUCUCGACUCACCUUCAGCAAAGCACUCACCGUCAGCCAUGUCCGGCCGCGGCAAGGGAGGCAAGGGGCUCGGGAAGGGCGGCGCGAAGCGGCACCGGAAGGUGCUGCGCGACAACAUCCAGGGCAUCACCAAGCCGGCCAUCCGGCGCCUGGCGCGGCGGGGCGGCGUGAAGCGCAUCUCCGGGCUCAUCUACGAGGAGACCCGCGGCGUGCUCAAGAUCUUCCUCGAGAACGUCAUCCGCGACGCCGUCACCUACACCGAGCACGCUCGCCGCAAGACCGUCACCGCCAUGGACGUCGUCUACGCGCUCAAGCGCCAGGGACGCACCCUCUACGGCUUCGGCGGCUGAGCCCCGGUGGUCCUCGCGCUCUGUUAGGGUUUCGAUAUGGUUAGGGCCGUUCGGCGUGUAGCUGUGUCCCGGUGCUUGUAAUGAGUUCCCCCUUCGAUUUGAUAAAAUGGUUUCGUGUGA